GAAAAAAUUUGAGACUGAUAGACUCAAGAAAGAUUAAGAAAAAUUUCAUGCGAUCGAAGACUAAAUUUAUCAAGAGCCAGAUCAAAUCUUCAAAUAAUUUGGAAAGUUCUAAGAAUAGUUUGGUUGGCAAUUCAUGGAUAAAAUCUCCUUUGAAAAAGAUGAACACAAGAGCUUUUGCAAAUGAACUAAGAAGUCCCACCUUAGCAAACAUGAAUUUUGAAAUAAAAUAGAGCGAUUACACCAAGUUCCGAGAACAAAAUAUCUUCUCAAUGGACAUCAUUAGCUGGAGCAAUCCUAGGGAAUGAUGAAGACUCUAAAGAGAGACUCAAAAUGGUGAUUGAUAGAUUGAGAAAUAGAAAGAAGAAAAAGUAUAACUCUUACGUUCCAAAUAAAGAAAUUGGACAGGCUCUAUCUCACACAAUUCAAAUUAUUAAGAAGGGCAUUAGAAAGCAGAAUACUAAAACCUCAAUUUUUUCUUAGAUGGUGAGAAGAAGAGAUAUAGUGGCCAAAA